AUGUGGAAAGAAUUCUCAGAAGAGAGUCAAAACCUUGACCUAGACUACCUUUACCAAGAGCUAGAUUUACUCAAGUCCUCUCUAGAGGUCCCAUACAUUGACAAAAGGGCAAAAGAUGAUGACCUGAAUGAAGACUUGCUUGAAGAAGUCAAAAUAGCCUUCAAUGAGAUCAGCCUAAAAGAGAAAGGGAUGAAGCAGCUCAUCCAAAUAAUGGAGUUUGCUCUAGAUAAGUACUCAACUCUUUCCGAUGAGCACCGUGAUACAAAGAGCAAGCUGUCUUCCUCAGAGAACGAACUUACUUACUAUAAGGAUACUAUCGUAGCUAAUAUGACUAUUCAGCUUGAAAGAAAUGAAAAUAAUUUGGAAGAUCUUGAAGAAGAAUUAAUCAAAGCUGAAAGGGAAAUUAGAGAACUCAAGGAGCAGAUCAAUAAUCAAAAGCCAGAGGUCACUAUUUUCAAGAAUAUUCAAGAGAUGGAAAAGAGAGUCCGAAGACAGUCAAUGCUUGAAACCAGAGGACAUAUUACUGGUCUUGAGGAAGCUUUAGAAACUACCAAGAGCACCAAUCAGAAGAUCAAGGGAAACCUCGAUUCACUUAAACAGGAAAUCGUUAUGCUGAGCAAAGAGAACAAGAAGCUUAAAAGAGAGCUUCAAAAUGCUUAUGAUAAUAACGACAGAAUCGCUAGAGAUGUAGAGGAGCUUAAUAAAAUGAAGUCAGCGUUUGAAGCAGAAUUCACAGAAGUAGUCGAUUCAAAAGAUAACGAAAUCACCCAACUUGCCAAAAGACAAGAACAUUUGAUGGAGGAACUUAAAAGAGCAGGUAAGAAGAACAAGGAGCUUGAGGGUAAAAUGUCAAAAUUCAAGGAGAUUACCAGUAAAUCCCCUGUCCGUGCGAGAGCAGAGAUCCAAGUAGACAGAAUAGAUACUUCAGCUUCCAACGAAGAUGACUUGAAAGAGGAGGAAAAGCGAUCAACUACCUCUGUUGAAGAUAUGUUCGACGAGGAUAUUAGAGAGAAUGCUAAUUAUGAACGAAGAGGGACCUACGAAAGUCUUAAGGAAGUCAUGGGUAAUAGGAAUAGUUAUUAUGGCCGAGAGACAGAAACUUUCUUAAAUGGAGGAGACGUAGAGGAAUUGAAAGAUGAUGACUCUGAUGAAGACUUUGAGAGAAUGGUCGAUGUAGGUACACAGACAGUUGAAAAUACAUUGGAUUCUAGGAUUUCUUUGAAGACUAUUGAAGAAGAGAAGUAUCAGACUACUUUGCAGAGCAAUGGAUUCGAUGAUAGUAGCAGGUUUAGCAGAAGUGACAAUAGUACCUUCAGUUUUCCACGGAUAAUACGCACCAAAGGUGAUGCUCUAGAAGACUUUUUCAAAAUGUCUGUCUUAGCCAAUAAGAUCGGCCAUCAAGACUUAGAUAAAGUGUGCCAUAUCAAGGCUAAAAAGCUAUAUAAGAAAUGAAAAGAGACGAGUAUUCCCUUCCAAGAUUGGCACAAUUGGAUUGAGAAGCAGAUAAAUGACUUAUACCUAAAGAAAAUAUAUGAGAACAAAGCUAACUCUCAUAAAGGAGUCACAAAGAAUUUUAAUAGAAGCAAUACAGAAGAUAGCUUCAUUGACAUUAGCUUCCAACGUUCUACUACUAAUGGGUCUGAUGUAGACCAGUUAAGGAAAUAUUUCUCUGAUAAAUCCAAAAAUGGGAACUAUCAUGCUUUCGAUGGUGGAAAUACAUCAGACAAGAAAUGAAUAAUAUUUUAAUUUACUCUUUCAAAAGAAACCUAAAAAAA